UAUGUGAGCUUCCGUGGCCCCCCCUCCCCAAGCCCCGGAGAGUCCCCUGGUAGAGAGUCCCCUGGUGGGCCCCAGGGCCAGGCGAUGCUACAGAGGAGAGAGGUCCAACUCCUGCUCCUCAUCUAGUACUGCUACAGCUACAUACAGGUCUCCAGUGUUGAGGCGACAGGCUAUGUUGGCCAGUAGUUGUUCCCAGUUGGAGCUGCUAGGGGGCGCCACCUCUCACCAGCGCUCCUCUAUCCUAGAGAAACGAGCUGUCAAUCAGCAGGAUGGUCACCUCAACGGCGUACCCCUCCCCCUACAGCCGUUGUACUUGCGUCGUCAGGGCGAAAGGAGCGAGAGGGGGGAUAGUGCCGGGCUUCUGCCCCUAGUGAGGUCACACAGCGAGCCUGGCCUCAGCUCUUCUGCUGAUACAGUUGACUUCAGUGGUGGCUCAGUGGGCAGUAAAGGAGUGAGGGAGGGCUCUCAGACCUCUACAGACACAGGUCCAACCUCCGAGGCAUGCCUGCUACCCCGCUCCUCUCUGGUGCCCCCCUCAGCCCUCCUCCCCAGGAAGGGCAGUGUGAAGGAAGCCACCAUGGGGCGCAACUUGCCCCUCUCCAAAGGCCCCACCAACUCUCCCUUGCACCUGCCCAAAGAAUGCAACCGCUCUCUUGGGGACCUCAAGGUGACGAGGGGUUUGGUGGCUCGCUUCCUGCAGCGCUCCAAACGGAACCUGGCGUCCGCCGCAGAGAAUUCUGGGAACACGGGACAGGGUCAGAAAAGGAGAGGCGGGGUGGAGGGCAACGGGACAGGCCAUCUCCCUUUAGAGCAGGUGUUACGUAACUCCUGGGGGGCCAGCCAGGGAUCCCACCCGCCACACCCUCAUCAUCGUGGUCACCACCACUCCCAUAGCGACAGCCGCCACAACCGCCGUCAUAGCAACCAACCCCCUGUGACGGAGGGGAUCCACUUGCGCAGCUGCGGCGACUUAAGCUCCUCCUCCUCUGCAUCGCUAUGGCGAUUACUGACGGCCAACCCCCCCCACGGGUCAUCAGGGGCACUGUAUACAGAGUCAGCCCUGUAAGAGGGGGAGGAGGGAGGAAAGAUGGGAGGGGAUGGGGAGGAAAAGGAGAGGAGGCAGAAAGUGUACCCACACAGAGGAGAGUGGAGGCAUGGUAUGGUCUAAUGAAGAAGAGAUACAAAGGGAGGAGGAGAGGUGGAGGAUGGUAGGAUGAGUUAGACAGGGAAGAGGAAUGAUUAAGGAACAGGCUACUGACAUAUCCUGAUGGGCGGUGGAGGGAGUCAGCACUAUGAGGAGGGAACGACUGGACCUUUGCUACAGCCUUGUUCCAAUACUUUCAACAUGCAUCCUACCGCUUUCCCUUCCUCCUCCCCCAUGGAGCCCUCCUCUGCACCUGCGCCUGGCCUUCCUUUCCUGAACUUUGACCUCUCAACUAACCUCCUACCUUCAACCUUCACCUAGCCAUACUGAACACAACUCUCUGGGAUCUCUCUUUAACUUCAAGACUAGAGAGGAUGGAGAGAAGGAGUAGGAUAAUUAAGUUUCCCCUAGACUCUGAGCUAUGGUCAGUUUAGUGUUUCUCCUCCUAAUGGUUAAGGUUAGGAUCAGUGGAGCAUAAGCUGAUCCUAGAUCUGUGUCUAAGGUAAACACUUUUCUGGAGCUGUGAACAUCACUCUUACACGAACCGCAUACACUCAUUAAACUGCUCACUCUUUUUCAAAACUCAAAUGUACGUUCAUUUGUCCAGCUCUUCAUCCGGAGCGAAACUCACUUUAAGUGUUCACGGAACUCACCUUUUUGUCUUCCACUCGUGAAAUAGUUAACCUUCCUUUUCUCCUGAUGACACUGUAAAAUGUACAGAAAAAUGUACACUCGUUUUGCCCACUGACAGUGAAAGUUUAAUGGCCUGCUAGUGUCGCCGUAUGUUUACAAACUUACAUCUUUAUUAGUAUUUUUUGGGGGGUUCAUUUUUUUGAGGUAAAAUCAACAUGUAAUCCUCAACACCCCUUACCUAGUCCAUCUCCAAACUGCCUUCAGAAGAAAGGUGCCCCAAACUCAAAACUCACACACCAUCUACCCCAAACUCAAAACUAACACACCAUCUACCCCAAACUCAAAACUAACACACCAUCUACCCCAAACUCAAAACUAACACACCAUCUACCCCAAACUCAAAACUAACACACCAUCUACCCCAAAC